AUGGUCAUUAUGAAAAUGGUGGAACUGCUACUCAACCAACAAGCUGAUCCUAAUAUCCAAUUGCCAGACAGACGAACAGCCUUGUACAUAGCUAGUGAAAACGGUCAUUAUCAAGUGGUGGAACUGCUACUGAAUCAUAAAGCUGAUCCUAAUAUUCAAAACAAUAAUGGAACAACAGCCCUUAUGAAAGCUACUCAAAAUGGUCAUUAUGAAAUGGUGGAACUGCUACUGAAUCAAAAAGCUGGUUCUAAUAUUCAAAACAAUAAUGGAACAACAGCCCUUAUGAUAGCUAGUCAAAAUGGUCAUAAUGAAAUGGUGGAACUGCUACUGAAUCAAAAAGCUGAUCCUAAUAUUCAAAACAAUAAUGGAGCAACAGCCCUUAUGAAAGCUACUCAAAAUGGUCAUUAUGAAAUGGUGGAACUGCUACUCAACCAAAAAGCUGGUUCUAAUAUUCAAAACAAUAAUGGAACAACAGCCCUUAUGAUAGCUAGUCAAAAUGGUCAUAAUGAAAUGGUGGAACUGCUACUGAAUCAAAAAGCUGAUCCUAAUAUUCAAAACAAUAAUGGAGCAACAGCCCUUAUGAAAGCUACUCAAAAUGGUCAUUAUGAAAUGGUGGAACUGCUACUCAACCAAAAAGUUGGUUCUAAUAUUCAAAACAAUAAUGGAACAACAGCCCUUAUGAUAGCUAGUCAAAAUGGUCAUAAUGAAAUGGUGGAACUGCUACUGAAUCAAAAAGCUGAUCCUAAUAUUCAAAACAAUAAUGGAGCAACAGCCCUUAUGAAAGCUACUCAAAAUGGUCAUUAUGAAAUGGUGGAACUGCUACUCAACCAAAAAGCUGGUUCUAAUAUUCAAAACAAUAAUGGAACAACAGCCCUUAUGAUAGCUAGUAAAAAUGGUCAUUAUGAAAUGGUGGAACUGCUACUCAACCAAAAAGCUGAUCCUAAUAUCCAAUUGCCAGACAGAAGAACAGCCUUGUACAUAGCUAGUGAAAACGGUCAUUAUCAAGUGGUGGAACUGCUACUCAAGGAACAAGCCGAUCCUAAUAUCAAAGAUGAAGAAGAUUGGACCGCACUGAUGAUAGCCAGUCAAAAUGGUCAUUAUCAAGUGGUGGAAGUGCUACUCAACCAACAAGUUGAUCCUAAUAUCAAAGAAAAAGAAGAUUGGACUGCACUGAUGAUAGCCAGUGAAAAUGGUCAUUAUCAAGUGGUGAAAGUGCUACUCAACCAACAAGCUGAUCCUAAUAUUCAAAACAAUAAUGGAGCAACAGCCCUUAUGAAAGCUACUCAAAAUGGUCAUUAUGAAAUGGUGGAACUGCUACUCAACCAACAAGCUGAUCCUAAUAUCCAAUUGCCAGACAGACAAACAGCCUUGUACAUAGCUAGUGAAAAUGGUCAUUAUCAAGUGGUGGAACUGCUACUCAAGGAACAAGCCGAUCCUAAUAUCAAAGAUGAAGAAGAUUGGACCGCACUGAUGAUAGCCAGUCAAAAUGGUCAUUAUCAAGUGGUGGAAGUGCUACUCAACCAACAAGUUGAUCCUAAUAUCAAAGAAAAAGAAGAUUGGACUGCACUGAUGAUAGCCAGUGAAAAUGGUCAUUAUCAAGUGGUGAAAGUGCUACUCAACCAACAAGCUGAUCCUAAUAUUCAAAACAAUAAUGGAGCAACAGCCCUUAUGAAAGCUACUCAAAAUGGUCAUUAUGAAAUGGUGGAACUGCUACUCAACCAACAAGCUGAUCCUAAUAUCCAAUUGCCAGACAGACAAACAGCCUUGUACAUAGCUAGUGAAAAUGGUCAUUAUCAAGUGGUGGAACUGCUACUCAAGGAACAAGCCGAUCCUAAUAUCAAAGAUGAAGAAGAUUGGACCGCACUGAUGAUAGCCAGUCAAAAUGGUCAUUAUCAAGUGGUGGAAGUGCUACUCAACCAACAAGUUGAUCCUAAUAUCAAAGAAAAGAAGAUUGGACUGCACUGA